GGAAAUCAAAUUAUUAAGAAGAUUACACCAUAAGAAUGUCAUCCACCUAGUCGAUGUUCUGCACAACGACGAGAAACAAAAAAUGUAUAUAUUUAUGGAAUACUGUGUAGGUAACAUACAAGAACUUUUGGAAAGCUCUGUAAAUAAGAGGCUACCGAUAUGGCAAGCACAUGGGUAUUUUGUACAGCUAAUAGAUGGACUAGAUUAUUUACAUAGUACGGGCAUCAUUCAUAAGGACAUCAAACCGGGCAACCUCCUGCUGACCACCGAUGGAACCUUGAAAAUAACCGAUCUUGGCGUGGCUGAGGCCUUGGGUCAGUUUACUGAGGAUGAUACUUGUCGUACCAGCCAAGGCUCUCCUGCCUUUCAGCCACCAGAGAUCGCAAAUGGCUUGGAGAUUUUCUCAGGGUUUAAAGUAGAUAUCUGGUCAUCUGGUAUCACUCUGUACAAUAUUACUACUGGCCAAUACCCUUUCGCUGGUGACAACAUCUAUAAACUCUUUGAAAAUAUUGGCAAAGGAAAGUUUACCAUUCCCAAGGAAACGGGUGAACCACUGACUAGUUUGUUAAAAGGAAUGUUAGAAACAGAUCCCAAGGAUCGAUAUAACCUUGAAAAGAUAAAGCUACAUCCAUGGGUACAGAAAAAACACCCUAAGGAAGGGGAAGAAGUCACACUGCCGCCCUUGCAUGAAUCAAAUGAUCCCCUGAGGAGUAUGACUGUCGUCCCCUACCUGGAGAAUCUUCACAACCCCUGCGAAUCUGAGGAGAGUAUGGAAGAGGAAAUUUAUUACGAGGAUAGUAAGAUCGUCCAGUUGAGCCACCGUGGACUCUACAAUACUUCACCUGUCGACCACGUUGAGGACAACACACCUGAAGAUGAGCCUUCUGUUCAGCAGGUCAGGGAGCCGAAGAAGAAGAUUAGUCGUUCACGAAAACUUAGUGGCAACUGCAAGCAGCAAUAGAUAUUCCUUGUCUACCAAACACCAGCGGAGGCCAUAGAGGGCAGUAGCAAUACAUAGACUUAUGCGAGCUUGCAAAAGAGUAAUGUUAGUUGUACAGUAAUUAGAUAUGUAUUAUAUUGUAUUAUACUGAUAGUAGUGAGUGAGAGAGAUGUUGUGAGAUGGGAGGGGAGAGGAUAAGUGUGGGAAGGGAAGAAGAGGAAUGUCUGAAGGGGAAGAAUUGUGGGAAAGAGAGGAAAAGUGUAGUAAGGGAUUAAAGAAUGUGGGAAGGUUAGGAAGACUGGGAAAGAGAAGAAGUAUUCGGAUUGGGAUGGAGUAUGGGAGUGUGAGGAAAACAUGUUUUUUGGGAGAAAUUUACAUAUAGAGAUAUUGUUGUAACUAGUGUGAGAAAAUAGUGAUGGAAGAAGUGUGAGAAAAAAGAUAUUCAGUAAAUUUGUAGUGGCAUUGGUACCUAAUUUGAAUUAACAUCCAUUCCUUUUUAGUAUUCCUGAACAUUAAGAUAAAUUUGAUAGACCAUAAGUUAAGAUGAUAAUUUACGUUCAUCUGACAUGUAUUUCUCAUAACUCAUUUAUUAUUCUAUAGAUUCCUUUUAUUCCAUCAGCUUUAUCCAUUUAGUUUAGCAUUAUUCUUGCAGUACAUUUAAAGACAUAUGCAGUCUAGAAUAUUAGAAUAAAAGCUAUUCAAGAAUCAAGAACAAAAGCAACGACAAUGAAUUUCCAACUGGGAUGAACAAUAAUAAAUAUCUGAUAUCGUAAAUCACCCCUUAGUUUCUAAAUUUCUCCAAAAUGAAGUUAAGAAUAAAAUACAGUGAUUUAAGGUAAAAAGUCUAACUUGUCUACAUAUAUCACGUAGCCUAGGUUUCGUUAACUUAAGGUGAUGAAAAGGUUGUAUCAAUUUACCAUUAAAUCUUUACAUAGAAAUAUAUCAGCAAUACCUAAUGAGUACACUAUUAACUAAUCAUCCAUUGUACAAAUUAUAAAUAUAUUCUGUAAAUUUCACCCUUCCCCAAAAAUGUUACCUGUUAUGAACAGGCAUAUCGUAAGAUUUUUGUAGGUUAGUUUAUAUAUUGAAUAGAUUUCUAUUUUACCAAUUUCCUCACCGAUUAACCCAUCAAAAUCCAAUUAAAAAUAGUGUAGAUUGUAACCUGUUAUCUGUUACAUGAUUAUUAUAUUCAUAUUGACCAUAUUAUUUUAUUUUUUCUUGUAAUAAAUAUUUAUAUUAUGUGUAGUGUAUUAUUGAA